AUUUCAUUUUGGCAUUGUCAAUUUAGUCUUUGACGCGCGUGCAAGGGCGGGAUCCUCCCUGCUGAAAAUCAUCCCUUCCCUUCACAGUUCACACACUCGCAAUCUCUCUCUCUCCAUGGACGAAUCCUCGCUGCAACUCGUCUCCGAAAUCGGAAGACACCUCGCUCACCGAACUCGUCCCAACAAAGACUUCUUAGUCAAAUCCCUCGGAAAAGCUGCAAAUGCUUUGGCUCUGAUAAAGCAGUCUCCACAACCACGAACAGCCAAAGAAGUACAAGCUGCUAAGAAACAAGAAGAUGCUUUAAAGCCCCUGGCAAAUGCUGUGGUUUGUGGCGGUCUUCUUCAACAUGCAGACAAGGAAGUUAGGCUUCUGGUAGCCAUGUGUGUCACUGACCUUUUUAGAAUCAUGGCACCUGUACCGCCUUUUGAAGACAAGCAUUUGAGGGAUGUAUUUAAACUUAUCAUUAGUUUGUUUGAGGAUCUAGCUGAUACCGCAAGUCCAUUCUUUUCAAAAAGGGUUAAAGUAUUGGAGACAAUGGCUCAAUUAAAGUGUUGUGUGAUAAUGCUGGAGAUUGACUGCAUAGACCUGGUUCUUGAGAUGUUCAAUAUUUUCUUCUCCGUUGUGAGAGAUGAACACCUUUUGAUUAGUGCCAUGACUUCUAUAAUGAUAAAUAUUUUGAACGAGAGUGAGGAGGCUUUUCAGCAACUAUUGGAAGUGAUUUUACAAAAUCUUAUAAGGCAAAAUAAAGAUGCAAUUUUCACUGCUGAUAAACUUGCUGCAUCGGUCAUCAAAGCUUGUGCACAAGAGGAUGAGCUGAACUCCCUUGUUUGUGGGUUUUUAACAACUUGCAUACAUGACAGAGAUGCUAUGGGCAGCGAGCUUAAAGAAUAUUACAAUGAAAUUUUCUCUAAAGUUUUCCAGUGUGCACCUGAGAUGCUUCUUGAUGUCAUCCCAAGCUUAAUUAAAGAAUUAUCGGCUGAUGAGGUUGAUGUUCGGAUAAAAGCUGUAAAUUUGGUGGGGAUGCUUUUUGCACUUCAACAUCAUGUUGUUCAGAAGUAUCAUGAGCUUUUCGUGGAGUUUUUGAAAAGAUUUUCUGAUAAAUCUGUGGAUGUUAGGAUCAGUGCUCUACAAUGUGCUAAAGCUUUUUAUUUAGCGAAUCCUUAUGAUGGGACAGAAUCACGUGAAAUUAUGACUUCUGUUGGAGAUCGAUUGUUAGACUCUGAUGACCAAGUGAGAAAGCAGGCAGUUCUUGUUGCCUGUGAUAUUUUUAGUUCAAACCUAAAACUUGUUUCAUCCAAACUGCUAUCUCAAGCCACUGAAAGACUCCGGGAUAUAAAGAUUACUGUUAGAAAGAGUGCCUUGCAAAAAUUGAUAAAGGUAUAUCGAGAUUACUGCAAGAAAUGUUAUGAAGGCAGCAUGACAAUUAGUGAUCACUUCGAAGAGAUUCCAUGUAAAAUUAUGAUGCUGUGCUAUGAUAAAGAUUGUAAGGAGUUCAGGUUCCAGAACAUUGAAUUUGUUCUUGCUAAUGAUCUAUUCCCUGAGGAUCUUUCGGUUGAGGAAAGGACAAACCAUUGGAUGCACAUGUUUUCUCUUUUCAGUUUUCCUCAUGAAAAGGCACUGGAUACUAUUUUGACUCAAAAGAGAAGGUUCCAAAAUGAAAUGAAAAGCUAUUUGGCUAUGCGGAAGAAAUUGAAGGAAAUUUGUCCAGAAGAAACACAGAAGAAGAUUGAAAUUAUGUUUACAAAAAUAGCAGCAUUCUUCCCGGAUUCUCACAAAGCUGAAGAGUGUCUGCAUAAGUUAAACCAAAUUAAAGAUAAUAGCGUGUUUAAAUUACUUGAAAAAUUGUUGGAGGAACAAGCCUUCGCCACGAUUGGACAAACUAUGAAAGAUAAACAUCUGGUAAUGAUUGGAGACAGCAAUCCAAAUUAUGAGUUUUUACGUCUGCUCUUCUCCAAAUGUUCAUCCAACAUUUUCAGCUCAGAGCAUGUCAAAUGUAUCUUAGAUUAUCUUUCCAAUAAUGAAAAUGGAAAUAAGGAUUUGGAGGAUUCUUCUGCAAAUCUUCUGCUGGCUAUUGUUCGAAAUUUCCCCUCUAUGCUGAAAGGCUUGGAAAAGCAGUUCCAAAAGUUGUUGGAACAGAAAAGUCCUGUUAAUGACAAGCUGAUUGAGGUCAUAGCAAAGGCAGGCUCUCACAUGUCUUUCAAUCAUAGUGAUAUUUAUCCAUUACUAAAGAGAAUUUGCUUGGAUGGAACUCGCAGACAAGCCAAAUUUGCAGGAUCUGCAAUUGCUGCUUUAAGUUUUGAACAAUCAGUUUUCAGAAAGUUAUAUGAGGAGCUAGCGGAUUCUUUAUAUAGCAAGCGGAACGUCCCUACUAUUUUGCAAUCUUUGGGUUUCAUUGCACAAUACUCUGUUUCAAAUUUUGAAACUCAAGUUGAAGAGAUCACAUCAUAUAUAUGCCAGAAGAUCAUUCAAAUGGAGCAUUUGGAUGAUGGUCAUUAUGCAACAUCCUUUCAUGAUACUUCUCAAUGUAGCGAAUCUUGUCGAUUAAAGAUUUAUGGGCUGAAAACACUGGUGAAGAUUUCUUUGCAUUGUGAAGGGAGCCAUGUCAAGCAUAAUAUUAAUGGAGUGUUGGACAUUUUGUCAAGAAUGCUACGUGAAAGUGAUAAUUUCAUCAGUAUAGCUACUGGUUCAUGUGAAAGCGAUAAGGCUCAUAUCAGAUUAGCUGCUGCAAAGGCAAUUCUUCGUCUUGCUAGGAAAUGGGAUUUACAUAUUACUCCAGAUAUUUUUCGAUUCACUAUAUUGAUUGCCAAGGACUCUUCUUUCUUUGUUAGGAGCACGUUUCUCAGUAAGACACAAAAGUUAUUGAAGGAGCAUAAACUACCAAUCAGAUUUGCUUGUGCUUUUGCUUUGGCAGUAACAGAUGGCACUGAUGAUCUGCAAUAUCAGAACUAUAAAUAUAUGAGAGAGUUUAUAAAGGACUAUAGUAUAUUAGCUCGUAGACGACAAACUUCUGCUGUUCAAGGAGUCAUCAUUGAUUACCCAGCCUACAUUUUGGUCUUCUUGAUUCAUGUUCUGGCUCGGAAUAAUGACUUUCCAUUUGAAGUCUGUCAAGAUGAAAAACCAUAUGCUGACCUUUGCAGUCCACUUUUCUUUAUCCUGCAGGCAUUAGUUGACAUCAGUAUUGUUGAGGGAGCCCAGGACAUUGUUAAUGAUGCUGUCUUACAUGUAAUUAGUAUUUUUCGAGCAAUCAGAAAGGUUGAGGAUGCCAUUGAUGCGCAGAUAACACCUAAGCUGCAUAUGCUGGCUGAAAUUGGGAUAUUUAUUUUAAAUGAGUUCAAUCAUGGUGGAAUUUCUGUAUUGCAAACACCUGGACAAAUUUUAUUGCCUUCAUCAUUAUAUAGAGUGAGUCUCAUUAAGAACGAUACUAGUUCAAAAUGUCCGAAGUCCUUUUUUGAUGAAAAAUUUCUAAGUAGAGUCUUUCAUGCACUUAAGGAAUCUACUGUGCCUCAUGGAUAUGCUCAAAAGCCUGCAAAAACACUUCCUAAGCAUGGUCAUAAGGGUCAACAGGAUGUUAAAAAGUCUAAUGUUAAUAUUUACGGUGUACUGGACUCGGCAUCUAGCAAACCGGAUGAUUUGUCAAGGAGAGAAAUAGCAAAUGCUAAAGCUGUGAGGCCAAACAUCCCUUCAGUGAAAAGGGGAAAAUGUGUGCCUUCGUCUGGUUCUGGAACUGUUGGUUUGCAUGAAUGCUCUAUGACUGAGAAGCAACAAAAAAUAGCAUCAAAACACUGUGAGAAGACAAUAGAGAGAAACAUGCUUUCAUCAAGUGAUUCUGUGCGCUUUAAGGGUUCUCUGACUGAAUCACAUGUGCCAACCCGCAAAUCAAAAAGAGCUGCUGCUUGUUCAUCGGAGAAUGCUGUGACAAGUAGCAAACAUACUGUUGAACCUUCCAAAUGUCGUAGAACCAAACGGAAAGAUACAUGUGGCUCAAAGAAACAAGAAAUACUAGAAGAUGUGUCUAAUAAAAAUCGCUUCAGCCUCCAUGAGCCUGAUGAAUAUUCUUCUCUCGGUAGUAUAAAAACUACUGUUACAAGACGCGUAGCUGCUAAUAAGGGAACACCACUUAAUAAAGAAAAUACUAAUGUAAAUGAAAGGGGGAAAUGUAUAGAGACAUCAGCUUCAGAAGUUGUCAAUACAAAUGCAUGUGCUGUUAGAAGAACAAGACGGAAAGUAUAAAUAUUGUGCCGUGUUCCCACGGACACUGGGUUUAAAGACUGCAUGUUUUAACCCGAGUUAUGCACUAAAUCAAGAGCUUGUGUUAUACAUUUUCUUUUAAUCCUGCAUGCAUAUAUGUUUAUGCUUUAAGCAGUUGUCUGGCCUUGUAUAUAUUAUUAAUAUUUCCAUUUAGAUACGAUACUUUAAAUUGUUUUACCUUAAAUCUACGAUUCAUAUUUUGUAAUCUAUAAUAUACAUAAUGUAGGGAUUUUUUUACCGUAAUGAAUCAAAUCACGUGUAACUCCAA